ACCCGGCGCGGACAAAGGCGGAGGCGCGGGGACCCGGGGCGGGAGCGGAAACGGGCGGCGGCACCACCAUCAUCGGGCCGCUCCGUGCGGGGACCGAGCCGCAGCCUGACAUGAUGUUUCCACAAAGCCGGCACUCGGGCUCCUCUCACCUGCCGCAGCAGCUGAAGUUCACGACCUCUGACUCCUGCGACCGCAUCAAAGACGAGUUCCAGCUGCUGCAGGCCCAGUACCACAGCUUGAAGUUGGAAUGUGACAAACUAGCCAGUGAGAAAUCGGAGAUGCAACGUCACUACGUCAUGUACUAUGAGAUGUCCUAUGGGCUGAAUAUUGAAAUGCACAAACAGGCUGAAAUCGUCAAGAGGCUAAAUGGGAUUUGUGCACAGGUUCUGCCCUACCUUUCACAAGAGCAUCAGCAGCAAGUCCUGGGAGCCAUUGAACGAGCUAAGCAGGUUACGGCACCAGAACUGAACUCCAUCAUCCGUCAGCAGCUUCAAGCUCACCAGCUGUCACAGCUCCAAGCCCUCGCUCUGCCUCUGACUCCGCUCCCUGUGGGCCUCCAGCCCCCAUCCCUCCCUGCUGUCAGUGCCGGCACUGGGCUCCUCUCACUCUCGGCCCUGGGCUCUCAGGCUCACCUCUCCAAGGAGGACAAGAAUGGCCAUGACGGGGAUGCCCACCAAGAUGACGAUGGGGAGAAAUCUGAUUAGGGGGGCUGGGGGGAGGGGGCUGUCUGGGGAAAGGGAGUGGGUUAAUGCAAGAUGCAGCAUCUCUCUCUAGUUGCUGUGCAGCAGAAUUGCGGAGACUUGUGUUUGGUGGCAGCUUGCCAGGCCUGUUCCCAUGGGCAGCAGGGCCUGGGGGAUGCCCCCACCGCCAUCCCCAUGGGCAGGCUGCUGCACAGCAAUGCAAGCGCCAUAGCAGUAACCAUGUGGCCCAAUCAUGCUCUCCCUGUGCCCAGCCUGGCUUCCCUGUCCCUGCUCCCACCCUGUCAUAGAGCCAAGCCAGAGCCUGGCUUGGGCUGCUCUGGGGCCAUUUGCCCCCCUGGCUGUCCCAGCUCCUCCGUGCCAUGUGGCUCCCCUCUGCCCCGCUGCUCCCCCCUCGGUAUUUAAAGAUUGCCCUUGAUCCUAAAAGUUCUGCACAACUCCCUGCUGGGAUCCCUGGCCCAGAACAAUCUCCUCCUCCCCCAGGCGCUCUUGGUCUCGUCGCAUCGCCCUGGCCCUGUCUCCCCCACACCCUUCCUGCACUAAUACCAGGCCAGCGCCUUGCUGUUCUGCAUGUACCUGUUCUUAACCAUCUCCAGCUGCCGGGGUUUGGCCCUGGGCUGAAGGGGGGCUUUGUACCACCUGCUCCCCCUCAGCACAGCACCCAGCUUUGGAGCCCAGGCAGCUGGGCAGAGGGGCAGGCAGACCAAGAGCCUUCCCUGGCCUCCCCCUCCCUGUGCCCAUGCCCCGUGUAGAGGAUACAGCAGCUUUCUCUGUUCUUAUCUGUGCGCUAGCGUGUCUUCUUAAAAAACAAAAAUGGGAAAAAAAAUAAUCUGGUGUUUGUAUAUAGUCCUUUAGAAAGAUCUUGUUUUGCUUUUUGUGUUUAAUCACUUGACCUAUAAUAAGAGGAACUGAAAAUGCUGUAUCAAGGACGUACAAGCUGUGCCUUUCAAAUAAAGAAAUAAGAAGGUUGGUUAAAACUGUGA